AUGAAGAAGCUGUUGUGGGUUGUGUGUCUGUAUGUUUUGUGUAUGUGUGAGUGCUGGAGCAGUGGGGUGAAUGGAAAGGAGGACUUCAUGCUGCUUGCUGGCCCUCUGACCAAACAGCUAGUGAGAAGCUCAGGCAGUGGGAUGAAUGAUGUCUUUGACUGCAGUCAUCCCAUACCUCCAGGCUCUAGACAGUACUUUGAGUACCUCCGGAGCAGAGGGGUGACUCACUUCAAAGUGCCGCUGUCAUGGGCUCAAAUCCUACCUGCAGGCCUCCCCAGCCAGCCCCAACAGGCUGUGGUUACCUGUUACCAGACGCUGCUGAGACAGCUGCGGCAGGUGGGCCUUCAGCCUCUGGUGGUUCUUCAUGGAUCCACUGUACCAGACGCUCUGAGAUCAAAGUACGGAGGCUGGGAGAGCCAGGAGCUGGUAGACACGUUUCAACAGUAUGCAGAGUUUGCCUUUCGGGAGUUUGGAGCACUGGCACACUCAUGGGUGACACUGAGUGACUUGGAUGAUGGUUGGCGUGAUUGGCAGCCUUCAGUUGCUCCCAAACCUCUGCAAAAUAUCCUCCAGCUCAACAGGAACAUUUACCAGUUUUACCAUCAACGGUUUCCUGAAAAAGGGAGACAUCUAUCAGUUGGGUUGAGAGCUGGAGAUGGGGCUAUUAUUUCUCAGAUUAGAGAUUCAACAACAAUGGAUUUCUUGUCAGUGCACAUUGAAUACAGCUGUGCCUCCACAUCAAACUUUGCAAAGGAGUUAAGGAGCUUACAGAUGUCCAGUGGAAACUUGCCUAUCUUGAUAUACAAGAUGACCGUUCAUGAUUGUUCCUACAGUCAGUUCCAGCUACUUGGCAAUUUCCUGCAAGUCCUUAACAACAAUGACCUAAAUAUUGUGGGAUGUGACAUGAUGGACAUGUUGGGUAAGCUGGACAUGCAGGAUACUCCAGCCAGCAUUCCAGACUACACAGGGAUGACAGGGUUCCGAAACAGUUAUCAGAGUGUGUGGGAUAAGUUUGAGGUCCAGACUACAACAGAGCGAAAUCAUUUCCUCAAAAAAUCCUUCCCUGCUGACUUCCAAUGGGCCACCUCCACUGAGUCCUUCAAGGUUGAAGGGGGAUGGUCAGAAGCUGGGAAGGGUGAGACCAUUUGGGACCGUUUUGGUAACAAAGGCCUGGCCUUUGCGAAUCAGACAGCUGAUUUAGCUUGUGACAGUUUCCACAAGGUGGAUUACGAUGUCUACCUCCUGCGAGGUCUUCAUAUCAACACCUACCAGUUUUCCAUCUCCUGGGCACGUAUUUUCCCCUCAGGUCACCGAGGCAGCCAGGCAGAGAAAGGGGCUCUCUAUUAUGACAAGCUGGUCAAUACUCUCAUUGAUUCUGGAAUACAACCUGUUGUCACUCUGUACCACUGGGAUCUGCCGCAGGCACUCCAGGAAUAUGGUGGAUGGACCAACACUUCAAUUGUUGAAGCCUUCAAGGACUACGCAGACUUCUGCUUCUCCAGGUUUGGAGACAGGGUCAAGACCUGGAACACAUUCAGUAGCCCCUGGGUGGUGAGCCAUGCUGGGUAUGGCACUGGUGAGCAUCCCCCUGGAGUAAAGGACUAUGUGGUUGGCUCCUAUCAGGCCACUCACAAUAUGCUCAAGUCUCAUGCUGAGGCCUGGCAUGUCUACAAUGACAAGUACCGGAUGAAACAAGGAGGGAAAGUGGGCAUUGCAUUGAACUCUGACUGGGCUGAGCCCAUGGACCCCUCCAGACCUGAAGACAUAGCAGCUGCAGAUCGCUACCUGCAGUUCAUGCUGGGCUGGUUUGCACAUCCCAUAUUCGUAAAUGGAGAUUAUCCUGCAACACUAAAGAAUCAGAUUGAAGUCAAAAGAAGAGAGUGUCCCCAUUCUGAGCCUGCAAGACUUCCAGUUUUCACUCCUGAAGAGAGAAAGAGGAUUCGUGGAACAGCUGACUUUUUAGGGUUAAACCACUAUACCUCCCGGUUGGUCACCAACAGUGAUGGUGGCUGCACCCCUGGUCCUCAGGGGGUUGGUGACUUCCAGGCACAUGUGGACCCAUCAUGGUCCCCUACAGCUUCUGACUGGAUAUAUUCAACACCAUGGGGUCUCCGAAGGCUUCUAAACUACAUUUCCAUGGAAUACUUGAAUGUUACCAAAGUGCCUAUCCACAUAAGUGGGAAUGGGAUGCCUACUGAGUACAGUGGGGACACUCUCAAUGACACCAGUAGAAUAGAAUACAUGAGGGGUUACAUCAAUGAGGCUCUGAAAGCUAUACAUUUGGAUGGAGUUGUUGUGAAGCGGUUUACUGUCCAGUCACUCAUGGAUGGUUUUGAGGGUCCACAAGGCUACAGUGAGCGGUUUGGACUCCACCAUGUCAACUUUGACAUGCCUGACAGACCCAGGACUCCAAAGCAGUCUGCCUACUUUUACUCCCAAAUUAUUGAGAAAAAUGGGUUUGCUUCCAAAAACCAGUACUUUUAUGCACCAGAACUGAAAAACACGAAGUCAAAUAAAGUAUCCUCAAUGCCGCCUUCCACCGUUCCAUCACAAGCCAAGGUUGUCUGGAGAAAAUUCUCAAACCAAACCAACUUUCAGAGAAAACUCUACCAUUAUGGUACCUUCCCACAAGGCUUCAGUUGGGGAGUAUCAUCAUCAGCUUACCAGAUUGAAGGUGGCUGGAAUGCAGAUGGGAAGGGACCCAGCAUCUGGGAUACAUUCACCCAGAAACCUGGCGGUAUUCCUGGUAAUCCCAGUGGAGAUGUGGCCUGUGACAGCUACCACAGACUUGAUGAAGAUCUCUACAUGCUGCGAGCUCUGAGAGUGAAGUCAUACAGAUUCUCUCUGUCCUGGUCCAGGAUCUUUCCUGAUGGUCAGCGUACCUCACUGAGCCAGAAAGGUGUUGACUACUACAAUAGACUCAUUGAUGGUGUCUUAGCAUAUAACAUUACCCCAAUGGUGACACUCUAUCAUUGGGACCUCCCUCAAGCUUUGCAGAACCUCGGUGGAUGGGACAAUGCAGACAUGAUUAACAUUUUUAAUGACUUCUGUGACUUCUGCUUUGCCACUUUUGGAGACAGAGUGAAAUUUUGGAUGACCUUCAACCAGCCUCACACAAUUGCAUGGUCAGGAUAUGGAAUUGGACAGAUUCCACCAAAUAUUAAAAAUCCAGGAAUUGCACCAUACAGAGUUGCACACAACCUGAUAAAAGCUCACGCCAAGGCCUACCACACAUAUGAUGAUAAGUAUCGCAAAACCCAAGGUGGUUUAGUAUCCAUUGCCCUCAAUGCUGAUUGGAUUGAACCUAAAGAUGUUAACAUUCCCAGAGAAGUGUUGGCUGCUGACCGUGCUCUGCAGUUCCAACUGGGCUGGUUUGCGCACCCUAUUUUCAAGAAUGGUGACUAUCCUGAUGCAAUGAGGUGGCAAGUUGGAAACAAAAGUGAACUCCAAGGUCUGACAGAGUCAAGACUACCUUCCUUCACAGAAGAAGAAAAGAGAUUCAUCAGGGGAACUGCUGACAUGUUCUGUAUAAAUCACUACACUACAAGAAUUGCACGCCAUGCUACCUUGAGGCUUACCCCUCAAUCUUAUGCAUAUGACCGAGAUUUGUCAGAAGCAGAGGAAGGUGAUUCACCAGCUACAGCCAUUAAUAACCAGAGAGCUGUAGCAUGGGGCUUGAGAAGACUCCUCAACUGGAUCAAAGAGGAGUAUGGGGAUCCAGAGAUUUAUAUUACUGAGAAUGGAGUAGCUACAGAAUCAAAGACAACUUGGGAUGACUCUGCCAGAGUAUUUUUUUAUAAGACCUAUGUUGAUGAGGCUCUCAAAGCCUAUGACCUUGAUGGUGUGAAGGUGAAAGGAUACAUAGCAACAUCUCUUAUGGAUUCUUUUGAGUGGCUUAAUGGGUACAAAGUUGGAUUUGGUUUACACCACGUGGACUUCACCAACCCUAACCGGCCAAGGACACCCAAGUACUCAGCUCAUUUCUACUACCAAGUUAUAAAGGACAAUGGUUUCCCUACACCAGAUGAUGAGAAGAUGCUUUAUGGACAUUUCUCCAAAGAUUUCAUUUGGAGUACUGCAACAGCAUCGUACCAGAUUGAAGGGGGAUGGAGAGCAGAUGGAAAAGGGCUCAGUAUCUGGGACAAGUUUGCUCACACUCCUCUCCGAGUGUUCAAUGAUGACAAUGGGGACAUAGCUUGCGAUAGUUACAAUAAAGUAGAAGAGGAUGUUGCUAUAUUGAAGCAACUUAAGGUGACCCAUUAUCGUUUCUCCAUAUCCUGGCCGAGGGUUCUUCCUGAUGGCACCACUAAGUUUAUCAAUGAGGCUGGACUCAACUACUACCAAAGACUGGUGGAUGCACUGGUUGCUGCAAACAUCCAGCCUCAUGUCACUCUCUACCACUGGGACCUUCCAGAAGCUCUGCAGGAUAUUGGGGGCUGGGAGAAUGGGACGAUUAUUGUCAAAUUCAGGGAUUAUGCUGACCUCAUCUUUAGCCGUCUUGGCCACAAAGUGAAAUUUUGGAUCACCAUUAAUGAACCGUACAAUAUAGCCAAUGUAGGCCAUGGUUACGGAGCAGCUGCCCCAGGGAUCAGUUUCCGACCAGGCACUCUGCCCUAUAUUGUUGGUCACAACCUGCUUAAAGCUCAUGCUGAGACGUGGCACCUCUACAAUGACAAAUACAGGGCCAAACAGAAUGGAAUCAUCUCCAUCACUAUCAACUCUGACUGGUCAGAACCCAGAAAUCCCUACAAGCAGGAAGAUAUUGACGCUGCAAGACGUGUGGUGCAGUUCUAUAUUGGAUGGUUUGCCCAUCCCAUAUUUAAUGGAGACUACAGCAACAUGAUGAAGAAAAUCAUUCGAGAGCGAAGUUUAGCUGCUGGUCUGCCAAAAUCUCGGCUGCCUGAGUUUUCUCCUGAGGAGAUUAAGAGGAUUAAGGGUACCUAUGAUUAUUUUGGGUUCAACCAUUACACCACUGUCCUAGCAUUCCCCGUGGAUUAUGGAAACCUUCAGCACUAUGAUGCUGACAGGGGUGCAGGGACAAUUGCUGAUCGUACUUGGCUGGAUUCAGGUUCAUCUUGGCUGAAGAUCUCACCAUUUGGAUUCCUGAGGAUUUUAAAAUUUAUUAAGGAGGAGUAUGGAAAUCCACCUAUUAUCAUCACUGAGAAUGGCAUCUCAGAGCGGGGACCUAUUGACCUAAAUGAUAUUCAUAGGAGCUACUACCAUGAAAAAUACAUCAACCAGAUGCUGAAAGCUUACUUGCUAAAUGAUGUAGAUAUCCGGGGUUACACAGCUUGGUCACUGAUGGACAACCUAGAAUGGGCCACUGGCUUCUCAGAGAGGUUUGGUCUUUUCUACAUCAAUAGAUCAGACCCAAAACUUCCUCGAGUGGCCAAGACCUCCGUUGCCCUCUACUCUACCAUCAUCAACUGCAACGGAUUCCCCGACCCCACCUCAGGGCCCCAUGAGUGUUUAAACCCUGUGCCUGAAGGAACGAGUGCGCCGAUCACUGAUGACACAGUGAGAUUCCUGGGUAUGAAGCUCUCUACCAGUGAUGCUGAGACAGGACUUAACACCACAUUUGCUCUACUGAUUAUUGCAGUGUUUGGAGCUAUUUGUUCAUCCUUUUUCCUCUUUAUGACAAGAAAACAAUCCAAGAAAAAACAGCAUGCAGAAACCCUAAACAUGGAAAGGAAAUUUUAA